AUGCAAACGUUAAUGUACUCGAUGAUACAAUUAAUACAAGAUGCAGCACUUAUUGGUGAACAAGUAUAUUUAGUAGCAGUAUGUCAAUAUUAUUUAGAACAUUACCUGUUAAAAGAGAUAAAUGAUGGUAAAGAAGACAAAGAUAAAAUCAGUUGGGAUGAUUUCAGGUGUAAUUAUAUAGAAGCAAUAAAGAUUGCUAAGGUGUUGAAUUAG